UGACGUCAACAGCUUUCCCGAAGUACGAGCAUAUGGCGACCAAUGUCGCACGCUUCCAGCACCAGGGGUAUGGGGAUGGAGGUUUGCUGCACCCUUGGUAUGUUGGAAGCAGGGCAAGCACAACAGCUGAAGGAGGCGGGGCUGACGGCGUAUAAUCAUAACUUGGACACUUCGCCGGAAUACUAUCCAUCAAUUAUCACGACGCGGACAUAUGAGGAACGUCUCCAGACGCUUGAACAUGUCCGCGAUGCGGGCAUCCAUGUCUGCUCAGGUGGCAUUAUUGGGAUGGGGGAGGGGGUGGGUGACAGAGUUGGCUUGCUGCAUACGCUUGCGACUCUUCCCGAGCAUCCAGAAAGCGUGCCAAUCAAUGCUUUGGUUGCUGUAGAAGGGACACCGUUGGAAGAUCAGGAGACCUCCUCGCACAAGCUGCUGGGGCAGCGCUUCCGCAUGGCAUCCGCAGGAAUGAAUGAAUGGCUGGACGCAGCCUCUUGAUUUAUACUUCUGCGCUGCGUUGUUCUGCCCUGUAUCCCUUGGCCCACGAUGUGCACACAGU